CAAAAACAAGCUGUUUGCGGUUUUUAUAAUUCUGUAUUUCUGUAUAUAAACGAUCUGGACUUACAGAAUAUUUUUCAAUAAUUUAAAAACAAUGGCUGACGAACUAAAUAAAGUGCAUUUGCAUUAUGAUGAAAUUAAUAAAAUUCGAGUCAUUGAUAAUACGGUACUCAAAGAAACCGAAGAUUUAAAGAAUUCUUGCAAGGAUUAUGAGACAAAAGUAGAAGAUUUUGAAAAAAUAAUUAGUUCAUUGCUAAACAUGUUAAAAGAGCUGGGUGAUAAUGUCGAAAGACAAAAAAUGUCUGCUAUAGGAGCUACGAAUCUUCUUAAAUCUAUUGCUAAAGAUAGAGAGAGUGAGCAAACAAAACUACAAUCCGAAAUAAAUGAUAAAUCUAUGAUCUUGGAAAAAUUAGACAGCGAAUAUGAUGCACUUCAAAUUUUAGAAGCAACUCAGAUGGAGACCAUAGAAUAUCUAACACAACUAAGGUAAAACAACAAAGAUUCAAAGUUCUUUGUACUAAAUAAAAUAAUAAUAAAAAAAAAAAUGUAGUGAUUUUGGGUCAAAUAUAGUUAACUUUAAA